AUGAAUCCUGUACCCAGGGGCACCUUCUCCCUCUGGGAGUCUCCUAACGCCAUCCUGCAGGGCCCGAACGCUACCAUCGUUUGGACCGGCCCCAACGCGGCCCACCUCAGCCGCAGCAACAUCAAGGAGAAGACCAUCGUUUCCCCCAGUAUCGCAGAACACGGCUUUCGGGGUACGCUCCGCGAAGACGAGACAUGGGCCAAGAUUGCCCGAACGAAAUCUCGCCGUGCGGGCGGGGGAACCGAUGGUGUCUCCACCCAAACCUCCAGCUUGAUUUCGAAUCCGUCCGAGGCGGAGCGCACCAAACACUGCCUGGGUGUGAUGUUCGAGGCCGAGACGGAUGCCGCGGUUUCCGCGUGCUCUUCCAAGCAGCGGUGCCGCUGCUACUACUCGUCUUCUGAUGGUAGCGCGGUGACUGCCACCGACCUCGGACCAAUGGCUACAACGGCUGGCACACCCGCUUUAUUGCCUACAUCCUACUGCUGGAACCCUUUCGCUUACGAAAACUCCCUGCUUGGAAAGCCGGCUUCUUCGACUGCUCACCCAUCAAUUGCCGGACGCCAAACGCCUGGGCCUUCCGGGGCGCCGAGCGAUCAACAUCACAUCGAUGACGCUCUUGAUGGGAUAAUGUCGGAUUUACGUCGAGUCUCUUCUACCUCCGACCGUGAUCCAGGCAGUGAUGGUGCUCGAGGUCUUGACGUUUCGACGAGGAUGCUGCCGUCGGAGGCUCUUUUGUUUGUGCAGACUGCGGUGGGCAUUGAGGAACCUAGGUCCUCCACCAACAUUACGGCUUCGCCGGACAUGGACAGCAAGAGAAUAUCUACUGCGCGCCUGACAGACAUCCUUCGCGAAUCGCGCGUCGUGUCGUUCCCGAAAGAUGGGUGGCAGCCUGCUCCUCCCACCGCAGCGUCUCCAAAGGCCUUGACUGUGCUACUCUUUGGGUGCCUGCACAUUCUUGCGAAAAUCAAUUCGUCCUCAGCCACCUCUCAGACCUCCCAUCUGAUUGGCUUUCCACAAACGGCGCCCUCCAAACCAACAAUACAUAAAAAGAACGAGGUGGUUCGCUCCGUCGCCGCGAUCAUACCUUCUCCUUCUCCGUCGCCCUUCGACUGGGGGUUGGAAUCCUCGUCCUUUUCCCCGAUGUCAAACAUCGUCCUGAAGCACACGACAGGCGGGUUCCCGCCCUCCUCCUGGUAG